UCGGCUAAGCCUCCACAAACACGGACGUUAGCUCGGCCUGAGCAGCCACUCACCGCGCUGAAAUGUAGGGCGAUUUGAAUUCUACGCCCAAGGACCUCAAACGAAGUCUCUGAAGCACAAAGUUGACAGCUGUCGGUGACAUUCACUAUCGUCCCUCUUGUCAACCAAAGUCAAUGGAAAGCUCACAGAACACUCCGACACGGUCCUGCUCGUAAGAGUGCGAACAGAAAAGCGUAUCGGAACCUAAGUUCUUGGGCUGUGUUGUGGCUGUCGGAAUUAUUUGGUAGCAGCACACUGAGAUGCCUGCCUGUCGUCGGCGAGCUGAUGUUUAGGCUGGCUGGGGGUAUUUUGUGAUUAAAUGUUGCGAUAUUCGUUGUAGGGAGUUGUUAGUUGUGUACUUGCAGGAGCCUACAGAUAUAAGGAGGAAGUGUGACAUUUGAAAUAAUGGAGCCGGGACGGCGGAGAGGUGUGAGCAGCCUGGUGUCCUCUCUGUCCCUGCUCUGUGUGGUGCUGGACCUGCAGCUGGACGGUGUGUUGGGUGUCUCUCCUGUGGAGAUCGAGCAGCACCUGGAAAUGGGCCGCAAGCUGCUGGCAGCAGGACAGCUGGCUGAGGCCCUCUCCCAUUACCACUCCGCUGUUGAGGGUGACUCAAAGAACUACCUGACUUACUACAAACGUGCAGCUGUGUUUCUGGCCAUGGGGAAAUCUAAAUCAGCCCUGCCCGAUCUGACCCGAGCCAUCCAGCUCAAACCGGACUUCCUGGCCGCUCGGAUACAGAGAGGAAAUAUUCUCCUGAAGCAGGGGAAUACUCAAGAAGCCAGAGAGGACUUUGAGGCAGUAUUGCAGCGCUCCCCGGACCAGGAGGAGGCACAAAAUCAGCUCCACAAAGCUGAGGAGCUAGAAGAGCUCCAGGAGGAGGCACACAAGGCCCAUCACCGCGGAGACUACACCACCGCCAUCCAGGUGCUGGACCGUGUUAUAGAGCUUUCGCCUUGGGAUCCAGAGUCCCGGGAGAUGAGAGCUGAAUGCUAUAUACGCCUUGGGGAGCCCAGGAAGGCCAUAUUAGAUCUGACACCUGCAGCCAGACUCAGGACGGACAACCGAGCAGCCUUCCUGAAACUUAGUCGCCUGCUAUACGACCUGGGAGAACACCAAAACUCGCUUAGUGAGAUUCGAGAGUGUCUGAAGCUGGAUCAGGAUGAUAAGGAAUGUUUUGCACACUACAAGCAGGUGAAAAAGCUCAGCAAGCAGAUGGACUCUGCAGAAGAGCUGAUCUCAGAACAGAGAUAUCAAGAAGCAAUAGACAAGUACGAGUCUGUUAUGAGGACAGAGCCAAAUAUUCCAUUUUAUACCACCAAAGCCAAGGAAAGGAUCUGCUUCUGUCUAGUGAAGAUUAAGGAGGCAGAGCUGGCAUUGGACACGUGUUCAGAGGCCCACCAGAGAGACCCUCAGAAUAUCCACAUCCUCAGAGACAGAGCUGAGGCCUACAUCCAACUUCAGGACUAUGAGAAAGCUGUGGAGGACUAUCAGGAGGCACGAGAGUUUGACCAGGACAGCCAGGAAAUCCGUGAGGGUCUAGAACGUGCACAGAAACUCCUGAAGCUUUCACGCAAGAGGGACUACUACAAAAUCCUGGGAGUGAGUCGGAGUGCUAACAAACAGGAAGUCAUUAAAGCAUACAGGAAACUGGCACAGCAGUGGCAUCCAGACAACUUCCAGUCUGAAGCGGAAAAGAAGGAGGCUGAGAAGAAGUUCAUUGACAUUGCUUCAGCUAAAGAGGUCCUAACAGAUCCAGAGAUGCGUCAGAAAUUUGACUCGGGCGAAGACCCCUUGGACCCCGAGAACCAGCAGGGAGAAGGAGGAAGAGGAGAGUGGCCCUUUGGUUUCAACCCCUUCCAGGGUGGAAACUUCCACUUCAAAUUCCACUACAACUAAUAAGGCUACACCAUGGGAUACUGUGGAUACGAUAGUAGUAACGGACAAUGGACUGGACUCAUCAAAAAGCCCACAAAUGAGGGCUGGGAAGAGGAAUGCGUUUAUUCUUCAAACUGAGUUACAGUUGGCUCUUAUCAAAGGGUUGCUUGUGAGCCAAUUUUGACUUGAAUAUGCAGGCUGUUCUGCACUUCUUAAGGAAUCAGUCACUUUUAUGUGAUAGGAAAGUUGUUUGACGGGUGUUUGCGUGACGCCAUGCAGUAAAUGGCUGUGAUGAAUGAAGUCUAAUUUAGUUUGGAGUAUUUUUGAGGCUGAAGAAAUUUAUCAGCUGACCCUCACUCUGUGGCAUUUUUAGCUCAUCUUGCUUUUGCAUUCAUGCUACAUCUCUUUCUCUCUCUCUACCUCUCUAUCUCUCUCUUUCUCUGUCACACAAAUCUGUGUGCUACUCUACUGCCCUACCAGCCUUGCCCUCCAGGUUUUCUCUAACUGAGUAGUUGAUAGAUUCUGUUUUCAGUAUAUAUAAAGUUAUGUAUUUGUGACAGAAAUGUCACAUACUGGCCUUUUUAACAUUCAGUCCGGACACUCCAGUCUGUUAAAUGUUAAAUCAGUAUUGCACGUUUGUGUGCACUUAAUCAAUUUAGUUUUCAAAGCAGACAAUGACAUAAGCUCUUUUCUGUUCGAAUGAGGUUGAUCAUGCUUCUUUUUCAAACCUUUUUGGCCACGUGUUGUUUUCUGUUUCUUUUCUGUUGUCUGUUCCUGUUGCAAACAGCAGAACUGGCUGUUAUUACUGAAUGAGCUGAAAAUCUACAGGUCUUCUUAUUACUGUCAGUUUCUUUGCAAAUUGGCUACAGAGCCUCGAAUCAUAGCAUUGCCAUAGUCCAAAACACUGUUAAACCUUCCAUGGAACUGUCCCACUUUAUUUAAAGGUUUGUACUUUAGAGAUAUGAACCAGUUAUAUCAUUUUAGCACUCCAAGCUGUUACAGACUAAAUGAGAUAUUAUAAUUAUCUUGCAGAGAAAAGGUGGGAAAUUUGUGAUGUUUUGUCUAAUGCAGUUGCCAUGAUUAGAUGCUAGGUAGCUGACUGAUCUUCUCUUGGUGCCCUGUCAAUGCCUAUUUCAACGUGCCAAUGCAGCUUCCCCUUUGAACUAAAUGGUUUAAUGAUCUGGGUUUUCCAAGUGGUAUUUAUGCCUGCAGUUAGUUAUUUUAUGCUUUUGUAGGACGAAUUUGUUCAUUUGGAACUGCUUUUCAGACGGAUUAUUUAAAAUAAGAGUAUGUUCAGAAUGAU